CUGAUGAGUCCCCUAAACUGAAAGUGGAAAUCCCCGUGAAGACAUAUUUGUCAGUCCUGAUCGACAUAAACCAAGGUGUCAUGCAGAUCAACUACUGACUGACAGACAGUUGUAGAAAUGGCCAGCCGACAGCGCUCCAGACCAGGUGCGCAGAGAGACGAAAGUCAGGAUGGAUCUGGGUUUGUAGAAAUUCACCAACCACCUCGUGAAUACAACCUUGAAAUGUUCCUUAAUGAAGAUGAACAAGAACUUUGGCAUCAUUUCUUUGCGCCUUACACUGUGGUAGGAGACAUGACAGUGAAGACACCUGUGUACGACGACGCCAUGCAGAUGUUGUGGAUGAACAGCUUCUUGACAAUCACAGGCCAGUGUGGCGAUGGUAAAACUACAAUGGCAGAGUGGCUCAUCACACAAUUAAUCUUGUCCCCAGAGAAGAUGCCAGAAAAAGACACGGCAUUGAAGGAAUGUUUUGUUACCACACAUCUGGCUGGCCGUGAAGACCGGACAUACGAUUGUGUUAUAGUGAAUUCACCAGCGGACUGGGACAAUAAGGUAGAUACCAGUAAGAAUCAAGUCGUCCUCAUUGAUGAUAUAUUUGGUCCAGCAAUGGUGAACAUGCAUACUGUUAGAAAAUGGAAGAAAACUCUUAUGCAAAUAUCAGAACAAAUCCUGGCCAAUUUUCAGAAACUGCUGGUAAUUAUCUGCUUACCAAAGAGCCACUAUGAGGCACUGAAUGGAGAUCUGGCUCAUCUUGAUCUGUUUAGGAAAAAUUCGCUGCUGGAUAUGACUGAAAGCAAGUUCCAACCCGGACAAGGAUGGCGUGAGCAAAUAAUGAAGGCUAACGGAGGCUACCGAAACCUUGAUCACAGAGAAAGACUAAAUCUGGAUUACAAGAAUAUUACGCAGUCACUUCCAUAUGUUGGAAGAAUAUUUGGAUCAGUCAAAAGUUUUAUCAUGGAAGGACCCAAGUUCUUUUCCAAUCCAUUUUCAUCAUUCAAAAAUGCAAUUCAGAAGGUCUAUGGUUUCAGCAAGGUGAUAUACCUCACCCUUGCAACAGGCAUUCUGUUUGAUGGCAAGCUUGAGCUUGAUAAACACAGCUUUGAGGAAUUCACAGAAAAAGAGCAACACAUCAUACGGCGACUAGCAGAAGCACUGGGCAUUGAGGAUAUGAACAUCGCAAAAAUGCGCUACUCAGCAACAUUACUGUAUGGACUGUUCCUCCUUCCAACCAGGAAGCACUGUUGGAAAUUCAUGCAUGAGAGAUCAUACCACACCAUGGCUGAAGCUUUGAUGAAUAAGUUUCCAGAGUUAGUAAUUGAACUCUGCAGCAGUGAUUUUCUUAUCAACAGGAUCAGGACCAAUUCUGGCUACUCUUCAAAUGUCACGUCCAUUGUGUCAAUCUGGCACAAAGAAUAUGCGCCUCUGUGUCAGCGAUUUACCUUCGAAAUCCUGGCAGGAAACCUGCCCCAGUUGGCUGGCCACCCAUCAUUUGAUGACGAGAAGUAUGUUAAAUUGUGGUUUGAGUUCAUGACAGAGAUGGGAAGCUUGCUACCUGUGGUACAACAGAGGGGAGAUUUCAACCGCUCGCUGUUCUUCUGGUGUUGUUUCUAUGGACAACAACACACAGUGGAGCAAUACCUGACACAUGAGGAUCUAGGAGACUUACGACAAGAGGAGUGGUUUAAGGAGGAGAUGAGGGCAGGUGUGUUGGCAACAUGCUGUGGUCAAUACGGAUUGCCUCUAGCACAUUCAAAGGUAUUGGCGGCCCUUCAUAAGGCAAAUGUGGCGCUUUCUAUCGACGAUCCUCUUUCGAUGGAUGAUCUGGAAGAUUUGUAUGGGUCAGAUGUGACAUUCCUCCUAAAGAUAAAGGCCCCACUUCUGCAUAUUGCAGCAUUAAGGAGUGAGGAAUCAGUCGUCGAUUUCUUGGUUACUUCAGGAAAGUUUGACAUGAACGAAAAAUCAGCUGAAGGAUACACGGCUUGCCACAGAGCUGUGUGUAACAAAAAAGAUGGUGCACUCAAAUUCCUUCUCAGGAAUAAUGCUGACUACCAUGCAGCAGCACCUAAUGGUCGCAAACCCUUUCACCUUGCAUUGAUGUGUGGUAAUGGGAAUGCUGUUGAAACAAUGAAAAUACAUGAUAACCGGGUGAAAGAAGGAAAGAUGCCAGAUGGCACUUCAUUGUUGACGUCAGCUAUCUUUGCAAAGGACGACUACAUGAUCCGAAGCAUCGCAGAAAUGUACACCAAGCAGAACCCAUAUAGUCCGCACGGAGACUUGAUAGCCCCAUUACAGGCAGCGGCAGCCAUGGGAGAUGAGGAUAAUGUCCAGCGCUUGUUAGACAAGAAGUUUGAAAUAAAUGAUCGUGACGAUAUGGGAUGGACUGCACUUCAUUAUGCAGUUUACUUUCACAACCAACGUAUGAUCACUUUCCUUCUCGACAAAAAGGCCGACAUUGACGUCCAGAAUCGGGAUAAUAAAACUCCCCUACACAUAGCUGCUGAGCAAGGCUACUUCGUCAUUUGUGAAAAGCUGCUAGAAAAUGGAGCUAAUGCUGACAAGCAUACAAUUUCCAAUGAGUUUUCCUUCUCUUCUGCUGCUAAGUAUGGACAUGUAGCUUUAGCUAGGUACUUGGUAAGGCAAGGAUUGAUUCUUAGUACUCCUAACGGUGGGAGGGCUGGUGACCUAGAGGAUCCACCCAGCUUUGAGGACAUGGACCGCUGGAGAUCCAGAGACAGGAGAUUCUAGAUAAUACAAGAUUAUAUCAAAUACACAAGAUUGCUUUAUGAUAUCUUGUAGUCUAUGAAAGAUUCGUUCAGAUGCAAAUGUAUAUCAAAAACAACUUUUCAAAAGAUGUGUCUGCAUUCAAAAAUGUAAAGACAUUUAUGAGUGUAAGUUAUGAAGUGGAGUUUGAAGAGUGUAUGCUGCGGCACCAAACUGUCUAGGUACAAAUGUUUUUAGUAUCUGAAUGUUAUUGUACUAUGGCUUGCAUUAUUCCACUAAUGGUCAAGAUAACAGGGACUUGGCAUAUAGACCACAAUCAGUAUAUUACACGUGUCCAAUACGUGUAUAUAGACAGCUAUGUCCCUAGUAUUUGGAUUGGUUUAUUUUGCUGAACAUUCCAUCAACAGCCCGGGUCAUUUAAUUAUAAGGACAUGCCUAGGUUUGGAGGAUGGAAGAAAGCUGGAGUACCCGAAGAAAAAACACUGGCCUACAUAUACGGUCAGUGCCAGACUACUGCCUGACGUGGGUUUCAAACCUCGACCUGGAGGUGGAGGCCUAUGAUAAAGGGUCAGGACACCACUCGGCUUCUGUGGCCCCUUGUUCUAGUUCUACAUGAAUCCAAUACGUGUAUGUAAGCUGCAUUGUCCCUGUGGUCAAGAUGGUUCAUGGUUCAUAUAACAAGCAGACGAUGUUGAAUAAAGUGACAAAUACUACGAGGGAUGAUCAAGAUGUUAUUAAUGAACUAUGUUAUAUGUUAUGAUUUUUUUCCCCCAUUUUACAAAUUGAUUAGUACCAAAUUAUAUAAACACCAUCUUCACCCAAAUCUAUGAUCCAACAGACCUUUUGAAACAUAAUGUAAAGCAUCAGUUGCCUCUAAUCAGUCUCGGAUUAAUUUAAGUAAAACAAAAUUACAGAAGAAUUAUGUAGAUUUUACUAGCAGGAUACUUGUUGAAAUAGGUGUAUAGUUUCUGUAUGGUUUCUGUAUGGUUUCCUUAUAAUACUACACUGUGCGACCGUUCUAUUUGCUGCUCAGAAUCAAGAUUUUGGCUAGGAAUGUGUCGAGAAUGUUUUGUCUAUUAAGUGUGGAUUUUGUUUAGUGUUUUAUAUAUCUUGUAUAAUUAGGAAUUUAUCACAUAAAUAUGGCUUAAUUUCAUGUUCUGAACGUGUAAUUACUAAUAAUAAUACAACACUGUAGCAAAGCUGUGAUUGGCAGUAGGUUCCCACUGUUCUAAUUCUGAUGUCAUUACAUCACCAAAGAGGCAUGAAGGGAGAAAACUGACAUUUCAGAUUUCACAUCUAACAAAAUUAUGUUUGCAUUUGAUUAAUAAGUUACAUGGUUUGUGAUAAACAGAAUCUCACUUUCCUUACCAUUUCAUAUAAAAACGAGAAUAUUUUUGUGAACAAAAACAUGUAUCCCCUUUUGCCUUAAUUACUUUGAAUUGAUUCUUUUUUUUCACUCCAUUGACCUUUGGCUUAGGUCAAGGUAGCGCUGCACUUAACCAUUUGAAGUGAUAAAGUUAUACACAAACUUUAUUAGAAUAUUAAGUUUAAAUGUUAUUGCCGGAUAAGUAAUUAUAAGAAAAAUAUGCACUUUGUUCUGUUAUCCUAAGGUAAAGGUCAAUUUGACCGUAUGGUAGUGCAUUGCACAUCGGCUUCAGGUGAUGCAAGUAUACUGCAAGUUUUGUCUUCAAUGGUUAAGAAGUUAUGACCUGUUAUGACCUGGACAAUACUGCCACUUAUAAUUUACUUGACCUUUGACCUUGAGGUCAAGGUCACAAUGAUCCAAUGACAGUGAAUUUAUACUUCAUCAGUGGAUGAUUAAGGAAUACAACAAUUUCCCAUUUCAAAAACCUCUCAUGAAUGAAAAGGAAACUUGCUUAAGAUUCGUUUUUUAUCAAUUACUUAAAUCUAAGUAUUAUCAGAUACUUAAAUUCAUCAUUGUGGAUGUCAUCUAACAACAACAGGUGUAGGACAUUUCCUUUUAAGUUUUCUAUUUAUUUCUUUAAAACUUGGUAGUUAAUCACUGUUAUGAGUAUGUAGAGUCCUGUACAUCUCUAUGAAGUGUACUGGUCCCGAAGCUAUGGAUGAUUACAGCUGUAAUUUUCUGUUUUAAUCUACAUAUUAACGAUAUCAAUAAUGAUACCGUCUUAAUAAAUUGUGAUUCAAUAAUAUUAUACAUAGUUUGAUCUUUUAUAAUAAAAUAUUGAAAGUCUA